AGUUUAUUUUGGAUUUGGCACUGACAUGGAGGUUUGUUGAGAAAGUCCUAUAUAUAUUUGUGUGCGCGCGUGUAUGAGUGUAUGCGUGUGUGUGUAAAAUUUUUAACAUGACGACAUUGUCGCACCAAGUUUUUUUUUUAAUAUAAAAAAUAAAUAAAUAAUAGAAAAUAAUGUAGAAACAAAGGACAAUGAAGGUAUAGAAAAAAAGUUGGACCAAUAAAUUUCACAGGAGCAGACGAACAAAGAUUUUGGGUUAUGGCGAACAGCAGUUCUGAUGGUUCUUGUACAGCACCUGCAGAUUUUCAAUUAUCCUCCGAACUCGAAGAUGUUUCCGAUCGUCUUAGUGUUAAUUUAUUAAAGUGCUCAUUAUGCCAUAACAGUCGACGAAUUUUCUAUUGUAGACAAUGCAUACAAAAUGGGGAUUUUGUUCAUUCUACUUCUGUUUACUCGGAACGAUUUGCGGAUAAACAGAUACGACAUUUGCGAUUAAAAGCGGCACGAGCCCAAUUAGAGGAAAAAUGUGUGAAAGCUUUAGAAAGACACAAACAAAAAGAUAAAUUGCAAUGUGAUUUAAAUACCAGUAAGGAACGAAUAAAACUUCUACAGUUAUUGGUGAAUGAAACGAAACAGAGCAUUAACAGGGACAAUCAACGUCUACAUGUUUUGAAUGAAGUCAAUUCACAGUUGGCAUUGCGACUGCCGAGGCACGAGGAGAGAGUCGAGAAAAUAAAUCGCUACGUAGUUCAAUUAAAAGGCAAACAGGAAAAACAAAAGGAAACUGUUGAACGAAAAAGGCAACAAUUAAAGAAAGUUAUUCGAAUCGCUGCCAAACAAUUAAUACAAUAUAUUUUUCCAUUAACACAAGUUGAACCCAGCAGAAGUUUGUGCAGUAGUGAAGAGGAAAGUUCGUGCACCGAUUGUGUAACGACAGCUUUGGCCGAUGCUUCAGGAACAUCGUAUGUGCGAGGACGAUGGAUUAACGAUACUGAAAAUAGUUUAGAAAUACAUCAUCGCAUUGUGGCACCAACUCUACCUGGAUCUGGUGAUUAUAGCGCGUAUUCCCUUUGGGUUGCAGAAAAUAAGGACGCAGUGCCUGGAAAUAAUAAAGAAAAUUCAAUGCAUAAUCCAGCUUAUAAUAUAAGUGCAGCCCUCACUUAUGCCACGCAAUUAGUUAAUAUUAUUGCGUACUAUAUUAAUGUGAAAUUACCUUUUAAACUCGCAUACAGUGAAUUUUGCGGAAGUGAAAUGUCGGAUCAAAAAUUUGCGAGAAAAGUAGCUCGACUAAAUAGUAACGUUUUACAUUUGUGCUUUACACAAAAUACAGAUACGACAGUUUUACAUCCAAUGCAAACACUGCAAAAUCUCAUGCACUUGCUCAAUACUGAAAUCACUGAUCUCGGCAGAAUUGGCCCCGUGGAAAUUGAUUCAAUCGAAAUGGCGCAAUUGAAUAAUCAAUUAAUACCAGAUUUGGAGAAAAGUGACGACUCUGCCUCGGACGAAGAGGAAGACGCUUUUAAUUGGGAAUGGGAGGCUGUACCAAAUGUCGCAUGUCCCGAGAUGGUGGUACCUAUUCCGGGUUCAAUGGCCAGCCAACAAUCGUCAAGUAUGCAAGUAAAUCAAAGUGUUGCGGGCGGACUUGUGACGAGUGCCGCUGCCAGCAUCGCCUCCAUCUGGAGAGGAUGGACCACCAAUAAAUAGACUGAUCACUCCAAUUUUCAUAAAUCUAUAAAUAAUAUUGUAUCCUUUUCUCACCCAUUCAUUUUUUUCAUUUUUUUUUUUUUUAUAAAAUGAAUGGAAUCAUUUUUUUAACUAUACUAAAUAAUACCAGACUCUUUUUGCUGCAUAAUAUUUAGAAAAAAAAAAAUUUCUCUUCUUAUUUGACAAUGACUAUCAGUUUAACGUAAAGAAUAUUUUACGUUUUUUGUUUUAUUUUUUUUUUUAAUUAUUUAAAUAUUCGUAUAUUUGUUUACUAUAAAUACGCAUAAUUAAAGACAUGUUACAAAUUCCAAA